AUGCCUCAGCUGAAACCGCUCCCGGACUGCCAAGGUCCCAAGCUCGAGUGUUUCGUUGACGAUACCACAACCUGCGACUUCAAACUUAUCGAGCGUCUCGGCUCUGGAUGUCAUUCUCAAGUUUGGAAAGUCGAAAUCAAUGGCCAAGUCUACGCUAUCAAGCUGUUCUUUAGUCUCUGGGCCCGCGAGCCAAGCUUCCUCAUGGACCCUAUUAACGACGAGACGCACGACCUGGACGACGGAUACGAGCCCCCCGAAGAAAUGGGUCAAAUGUCCCCAUCGACGAUUGAUAGUCUGCGCCUCCAUGCAACCUCGUUCUACAACGAAUGCCGUGUCUUUGGGCGCCUGAAGGAGCUAGGCCGUGAAGACCUCGCCGUCAAGUCGUAUGGAUACCUGCAAUUCGAUCUCAGCGACGAGAAGGUCCAGCGAUAUUUCCUACUAUUUGGAAACGGCGCAAGAAAAACUCUAGGUUUUAGAGGGAACAAAGAACCCACCGAUGAAGGUGUGAUCAGCUGCCUCUUGCAGCACGACGAUCUCCGCAUACCCAUGAUGGCCAUCGUCAAAGAGUGGGUGCCCUCUUCUGAGGGUCCAAAGUUGGUGCGUUGGCCGCCUCCAAGGCCAGACUGGGCGGUGGUUAAGAAAAGCAUUGGACACCUGCCUCGGCUGCUGCGUAAUCUUCGAGAGUUGCACAAGUCAGGCAUCGUGAUUCGGGAUCUCAAGUGGCAGCAGUACCUAGACGGACAGCUUGUAGGCUUCAGCUUCGCCUGGACCAUCCCCCAUAUCUUGGGUCCAGAGAGCGGCCUCCGACCUCCCUGGAGCUUUGAGAGCAUGGCGGCAUGGGACCUUCAAUGCUUCCAAACCAUUCUCGAUGAUUUCGACAAGCAAGCAGAACGCACAGUGCCGCGCCUACGGAAACACAACCUUGUGGCACGGCAAAGCGACGAUAUGUACCAGCGCCUUCGGCCCAGGCCUCAGUCAUACGGGCCUGUCCUUCCUAUGCUCGUCUACGACGCCGAGACCAAGCCCAUGGUGCAUCGUCCACCCUUUGACCCCGCAAAGUUCAACUGGCGGGCUGUCCAGAAGUCAACAAAGAAGGUUGCCACUGGACGCGUCACCAAGACAAAGGCGCCUCAGAAAAGAGCGCCAAGAGAAGCGUCAAAGAAGAGAGGAACGAAAUGA